UUUGUGCACACAGUGGACGUAGGGGAGUCAAUGAGCAGGCAAAAACCAGGUCACAGAAGGGAAGGAGGCUUUCGGCGAAUCUUUGCGACACUGUCGCGUUUCGUUGGUUCCGUGCCGUAAACACAGUCGCGGAGGCGCUCCCAGCCGAGGCAGCGGCGGCCGUGGGGGUCAAUGGCGGAUAUGGAGGACCUUUUCGGGAGCGACGCCGAAAGCGAUGCUGAGCGUAAAGAUUCAGAUUCUGGAUCAGACUCGGAUUCUGAUCAAGAGAAUGUUGCUUCUGGCAGUAAUGCCUCUGGAAGUGAAAGUGAUCAAGAUGAAAGGGGUGAUUCAGGAAAGCCAAGUAAUAAGGAACUGUUUGGAGAUGACAGUGAGGAUGAGGGAGCUUCACAUCACAGUGGGAGCGAUAAUCACUCUGAAAGAUCAGACAAUAGGUCAGAAGCUUCUGAGCGUUCUGACCAUGAAGACAAUGACCCCUCAGAUGUUGAUCAGCAUAGUGGAUCCGAAGCUCAUAAUGAUGAUGAAGACGAAGGUCAUAGAUCAGAUGGAGGGAGCCACCAUUCAGAAGCAGAAGGUUCUGAAAAAGCACAUUCAGAUGAUGAAAAAUGGGACAGAGAAGAUAAAAGUGACCAGUCAGAUGAUGAAAAGAUACAAAAUUCCGAUGAUGAGGAGAGAGCACAAGGAUCUGAUGAAGAUAAGCUGCAGAAUUCUGAUGAUGAUGAGAAAAUGCAAAACACAGAUGAUGAGGACAGGCCUCAGCUUUCAGAUGAUGAGAGACAACUGUCAGAAGAGGAGAAGGCUAAUUCUGAUGAUGAACAGCCAGUAGCUUCUGAUAAUGAUGAUGAGAAACAGAAUUCUGAUGAUGAAGAACGGCCACAGAUGUCUGAUGAUGAGAAAAUGCAGAAUUCUGAUGAUGAAAGGCCACAGGCCUCAGAUGAAGACCACAGGCAUUCAGAUGAUGAAGAGGAACAGGACCAGAAAUCAGAAUCUGCAAGAGGCAGUGACAGUGAAGAUGAAGUUUUACGGAUGAAACGCAAAAAUGCAAUUGCCUCUGAUUCAGAAGCAGAUAGUGACACUGAGAUUCCAAAAGAUAACAGUGGAACCAUGGAUCUGUUUGGGGGUGCAGAUGAUAUAUCUUCAGGGAGUGAUGGAGAAGAUAAACCACCUACUCCAGGGCAGCCUGUUGAUGAAAAUGGAUUGCCUCAGGAUCAGCAGGAGGAGGAACCAAUUCCUGAGACCAGAAUAGAAGUAGAAAUACCCAAAGUCAACACUGAUUUAGGAAACGAUUUAUAUUUUGUUAAAUUGCCCAACUUUCUCAGUGUAGAGCCCAGACCUUUUGACCCUCAGUAUUAUGAAGAUGAAUUUGAAGAUGAGGAAAUGCUGGAUGAAGAAGGUCGAACCAGGUUAAAAUUAAAGGUAGAAAAUACUAUAAGAUGGAGGAUACGCCGGGAUGAGGAAGGAAAUGAAAUUAAAGAAAGCAACGCUCGGAUAGUCAAGUGGUCAGAUGGAAGUAUGUCUCUGCAUUUAGGCAACGAAGUGUUUGAUGUUUACAAAGCUCCACUACAGGGAGAUCACAACCAUCUUUUUAUAAGACAAGGUACUGGUCUACAGGGACAAGCUGUUUUUAAAACCAAACUCACAUUCAGACCUCACUCUACAGACAGCGCCACACAUAGGAAGAUGACCCUGUCACUUGCGGAUAGAUGUUCAAAGACACAGAAGAUUAGAAUCCUGCCGAUGGCUGGACGUGAUCCUGAGUGCCAACGCACUGAAAUGAUUAAGAAAGAAGAAGAACGUUUGAGGGCUUCUAUUCGUAGGGAGUCUCAGCAGCGCCGAAUGAGAGAGAAGCAGCACCAGCGGGGGCUGAGUGCUAGUUACCUAGAACCUGAUCGGUACGAUGAGGAGGAGGAAGGCGAGGAGUCCAUCAGCCUGGCUGCCAUUAAAAACCGAUAUAAAGGGGGCAUUCGAGAGGAACGAGCCAGAAUCUACUCGUCAGACAGUGAUGAGGGGUCGGAAGAAGACAAGGCUCAGAGACUACUCAAAGCAAAAAAACUGACCAGUGAUGAGGAAGGGGAACCUUCUGGAAAGAGAAAAGCAGAAGAUGAUGAUAAAGCAAAUAAAAAGCAUAAGAAGUACGUGAUCAGUGAUGAAGAGGAAGAAGAUGAUGAUUGAAGAAUAAUGUGAAAACAUUUUAUGUAUUUUUUGUACAGUUUAUUAAAUAUGAUGUAAACAUGAGUUAUUUUGAUUGAAAUGAAUUGCUUUGCUUUUGUGUAAUUUUAAUUGUAAUAAAAAAUUUUAAAGCAAGUCUCUGCUCAGGAAA